GUCAUUAGCUAUGGCUGAGAGACAAGACCGUGAACAAGAGUACAUAUUCAGAAAUGUUCAACUCUUCAAGAAUGAUACCUUUGGUACUGGCUCCUACGGGGCAGUGUGUAAAGCCAAGUGUGACCAGCUACUCUGUGCUGCCAAGCUACUCUAUCCAGUGCUCUUCCAAAUAGCUGUUCCAGAUCCUGGCAAAGAACACAGACACCCGUUUAGAAGAUUCGAAACAGAGUGUGCAUUUCUGAGUCGUAUCAACCACCCCAACAUUGUACAGUACUUGGGGACCUAUCGCGAUCCCGACACAAAUGCACCAGUUCUUCUCAUGGAGCUCAUGGACGAGAGUCUGACACACUUUCUGGAGUCAUCACCUGGAGACAUUCCCUACCACAUCCAAGUCAACCUCUCCUAUGACAUAGCUCAAGCACUUGCCUUUCUCCAUUCUAAUGGGAUCAUCCAUCGGGACCUCUCCAGCAACAAUGUCCUACUCAUUGCAGGCACUCGAGCCAAAGUCGCCGAUUUCGGAAUGUCCAAAUUCAGGGACAUAAACGUCAGCCGACUAGCCACAAUGACCACAUGCCCGGGAACACCAGCCUUCAUGUCUCCCGAGGCACUAAACGAACCACCAGUGUACACAGAGAAACUAGACAACUUCUCAUUUGGUGUGCUUCUAGUUCAGACCACAACUCGACAGUUUCCGAAACCAACUGAUCGAUUCGAAAGUGUUCAAAUUCCAGCUCCACGAAAUCCAGGUCGCAUAGUUGAAGCCAAAGUAGCGAUUCCAGAACUGGAAAGACGUCAAGCUCACCUGAGCCUGAUUGAGCCCACCCACCCUCUACUGCCGAUUGCUCGUCACUGCCUCAAAGACAGAGAUAUUGAACGACCAUCUUCCCAACAGCUUUGCCAAACACUGGAUGCUCUCAAGAGGACACCACGGUACCAGGAAAGCUCCCAACAAGACCUGCACCAGAUGCUCCUGCACCAGAUGCUCAGAGAGAAAGAUGAACAGCUACAUGUACUAUCAAAUCAACACCUUAUCACAGAAAAAGAUGAACAAAUACAAAUAAGCGAACAACAACAUCAACAGCUUAUAACGGAAAAAGACACACAAAUACAAGCAAAUCGAGAGACAAUAGUACAAAACAAUGAACAGACUACAAUUAAAGACCAGCAACUAUAUACACAAGCUAAUGAAAUCCAAACCCUCCAACAAGACAAAGCAACUCUUCAACAUGAGGCUGAAGCAAGGGAGAGACAGCUGAGGAGACUCAACCAAGAGUUGCAAUCAAGUGAGGAGAACACUGCUGUCCUCCAACAAGCCAUCGAUCAACGAAACAGAGAAGUGACUCAACUGAGACAAACGUUGGCAAGCAAGAAUGAGGAAAUUCACGAUCUAUCCACUCGAAUGCACCAAGUAGCACUGCAAGAUGAGCAAGCUACACCAAUGAAACCUGUUACAAUAGAGUCACUACCUGAUGCACGUGUUGGUAUUAGGUAUGGAUCAUCAGACGUGAUUGGAGACAAGGCAUACUUUAGUCCAUACGGAAGUAAAACUGUUAAUGUGUUCAGCAACAAUCAGUGGCACGAGUUACCACCUUGCCCUAACAACUACUUCACUAUUGUCAGUGUUGGUGACAUGCUCACAACUGUGGGAGGGUCAGGCACACAACGCUAUAGUAACAAACUCUACAGCUACAUUAACAACAAAUGGGUCGAGCACUUCCCUCCUAUGCCAAUUGGACGGUGGGGACCUGGAGCUGUGUACGCUAACAGUACACUUGUAGUGGCUGGGGGAUCACGUGAUUUAAAAACAUUAAAUACAGUCGAGAUAUUAAACACUGGUAACAUGCAAUGGUCUAUUGUUAGCUCACUACCCUUGCCAAGCUUACUCCCAUCAACAACGAUCUGUGGAGACUAUGUGUACAUACACCCACAAACUGGUGAUGCUCAAGAGAAGUAUUCAGUGUACAAAUGCUCAUUAAGACAACUAACUCAGUCCCCGCCAAGCUCAGCUAUAUGGGAGAAGAUUGCCCCUUUGCCAAUUUACUGGUCCUCUCUUGAUACCAUCAAUGGCCACCUGCUGGCAGUGGGUGGAAGGGACUCCAAUAGAGAUAAGACUAAGGACAUAUAUCAGUACAACGAGACAUCAUGGACUGUCAUUAGUCAAAUGUCAACACCUCGAUCACAGUGCCUCACUACUGCCCUCCCUGGGAACAAAGUGAUGAUGGUGGGUGGAGAUCGUAUAGGCAGAAAAUGUGAAACAGUUACUUUUAAAUAGUGCUUAUUCUUUUGUGUUA